AUGAGGGUACCUUUUGAAUUUAUAGGAGUUGGUUUGGCUUGGUUAUGGGGCUGGAUGGGUGGAAUGGCCGAUGCGGCUGAUCUGGAUACGACAAAUUGGCUGGACCAUUGCAUUAGAGAUGAUUAUGGGAUUUGGGCUAGUGAGUAUGCACUUACUUAUUAUAGUAGUCCGGAUUGUCUAAAACUCGAUCCUAAUGAUAAGUUGAGUCUUAAUAGUGAAGGGGGCCGAAUACCCAAGAAAUGGAUACAGUACUGGCGAAAUGUGCUGGAGAGAGGUGCUCAGAACUUUUCUAAUAACCACCAACUUAUGGCAAUGUUAAACCAUUGCCAUCAGGUUACUAAUCCCGUGCUUCCACCCUGUCCUUUUGAUCUUGAAAAGGACUCACUUCCACUAGCACUGGCAGCAAGUGUUAAGCAUCUUAAGGUUCCCCGAGAUCUGAUUCGCAAUUAUUCAAUGCGGCUUAAGGCUAUAACAGAAAGUACUACGGAGGGUAAUAUUAAGUCUUUAUUUGAAACAGCGAAUAGUGACGAGUUUGGGUACUUGUUUAAAAUAUCGAUAGACGAUCUUAAUGUCAUGCUUAAUGACUUGCUUUUCAUUAACAGUUUCCUGUGUAACUUUGGCGAUUUGAAUGAGGGUGAGAUUAUGAAGAAAGUUACUAUCUGGAAGAGUAUUAUAGACAAACAAGGCAGUCCGGCGGCAACUAAAGAAACUCUUUGUGCUGAGAACCAGCUUCGGCAUUUCUUGUAUAGUGUGCUAAGAUGCCAGUUGUUUGCCUCUAAUUAUUUAGAUCUGCCUAAUACGUCUAUUGGUCACUUUAGUAACUUCCAAAUCAGUGGUGAGCAAAAGCAAGUGAUCGGCUCUUUGUUGGACUUAAAGGUUUAUGAUCUUAUCAAGAACAAACCGAUCGAAGCGGCAGUAGGGAAAAUAUAUCAAGUUUUAAAGGAUGCCAACGAGUUGGAUUGGUGGACUGUCUGGGACGAUAAAGUAGCUAGUUUAAAAGACAUACUAUUUACGCUCAGGAACGUUGUAAAGUUUCCUGGUUAUACUGCUGUUACGGUUGGAGACACAAAGCAAUGGGCAGAUACUUUGGAUGUGAUGGUAGCUUAUAUCGACUAUAUAUUAGACAGUGUCGCCCAAUUAAAGACUAAACUCACUCCAUCUUUUACCGCAAGCCCCGAUACUUCAGCUAGUAUUCAUGAUUGUGUAGAUUAUUUAGUCGCCACUCCAAACCCAAAUAUUCCUACUUUCAACCACAUCAAGACUAUCAGCCAGACCGGCAACAGCCCCGAAUCCGAGCUAAACACAAAGGCUAGUCGGAACAUUCAGAAUGAAGAAGCCUCUGCCCCAAAGUCAUCUCUAACCCCUUACAAGUCUAGCGAAAAAGCCAAGUCCCGUUCCUCACGCCGGCGGCACAAUAAGAGCGAUGAAACCACCAACCCUGCAUAA